GUUUGAAGCCAAAAUCCAAUAAAUUAAACCGACCAUCAAGAUCAAAAUGGAAAUCAACAAGUUUGUUUCUUUUUCAUUUUCUUUGGUUUUGAUUUUAGGAGUUGCAGAGAGCUUCCAUUACCAUGAGAGAGAGCUCGAAUCGAUGGAGGGGUUUAUGGGGAUGUAUGACAGGUGGAGGGAACAUCACAAUAUUGAAAUGAGAACUCAAGAACGGUUCAAUGUUUUCAGGCACAACGUCAAAGGCAUUCACGAAUCAAAUAAGAUGGACAAGCCGUAUAAGUUGGCCGUGAACGAGUUUGCUGACAUGACUAACCUUGAGUUUGUAAACACCUAUGCUAACUCGAAGAUAAGCCAUUACCAAGCCCUCCGAGGACCUGAUCCUGUUCCUGGCUCAAUAGAUUCCGAUCCAAAUAAAGAUUACAUUUAUGCAAAUAUGACUGACAUCCCACCUAAGGUUGAUUGGAGGGAGAAGAACGCCGUCACCGAUGUCAAGGGUCAAGGAGGAUGUGGAAGUUGUUGGGCGUUUGCGGCGGUGGUUGCGUUGGAAGGAAUAAAUGCGAUCAGAACCGGGAAGCUGGUAAAAUUUUCCGAACAACAACUCGUCGACUGUGAUAUGACGAACAAAGGAUGUGACGGAGGGCUGAUGGAACCUGCAUUCACAUACGUCAUAAAGAAUGGUGGUAUAGCUCCAGAAGCGAACUACCCUUACGUAGGCAAAAGAGAAACCUGUGAUAAAGCUAAGAUUGGCACAGACACAUUGAAGAUUGAUGGUAGGCAGAAUGUGCCAACACAAGACGAAGAAGCACUAAUGAAGGCAGUUGCACACCAUCCUGUAGCUACCGGCAUACAACUUAGCGGCCAUGGUUUGCAGUUCUAUUCUGAGGGUGUAUAUACCGGAGAUUGCGGUACAGAGCCGAAUCACGGAGUCGGACUUGUGGGAUACGGUGAGAAUGAUAAGGGACUUAAAUUCUGGACCGUGAAGAACUCGUGGGGACCGACAUGGGGAGAGAAGGGAUACAUACAUCUGCAUCGCGGAGUUAAGAAAGAGGGACUCUGCGGUAUAGCAAAGCUAUCUUCGUUUCCUAUUAUGAACGACCCAAAGGCACCCAAAGACGACACGAAUGCACCCAAGGACCCCAAUGCACCUAAAGAUGACCCCAAUGCCCCCAAGGACCCUGAUGCACCUAAGGACCCCAAAUUUAAAACGACUCAAAGGUUGCAGGGGAUAAGGACUAAGUUGUUAGACUUGUGAUCUGAGAAGGGCACAACAUGCACAUAUAGAAGUUUGAGGUGCAGUCUUGAAUUAAAUGGAAGACCCUUGGAGGAGAACAUAGAAGACAGAGGGAACUUAAAUGUUUAUCUCGAAGACCCUUGGAGGAGAACAUAGAAGACAGAGGUUGAAUGUCAUUUUCUUGAUGGUAAUUUGUAUUUUUAUUUCCGUUGAUUAUGAAUAAUAUUUAUGUUCCUGAAAUUGUUUGUGUUCGACCACUUCAAUAUCUUACA